AUGAUACCUUGGGAGAGAAACGUCGCUUUUUAAAUUGAGAGCGUUCCUUUAGGCCAGCUCUCGCGGCAGAGAGGUGUGGCUACGCUAUUGCACUCCGUUGUCAAGUUUCUCCUGAGAUGAUCAGAGGUUCAGUGUCUGUCCUGGUACAGUACUUGGGAAGCCAUAAUCUGAUAAACGGCAUUUGCCAUUUGUUAUGUGAAAACCUGGAUCUCCAAGUAAGGUCUGAGGGAGAUAAAUACCUGACGACAGGAGCUGUCAAGGCUUAAAAGAAAGGCCAAGCUCUGUGCCUCUUGGCAAGCCUGUGAAACCCGGCAAGGAAGUGGGAUCUGAAAUCUCGGAUUAGACAAGCAGCCAUAAAAGGCUUGUGUGUGACCUACUGCAGGGCUUUUGAAAACUGGAAUACUAAAGCCUGGAUGUUUGGUUUGGUUUUGCCUGGAGGGUGAUUUAAUGUUUUUCAUUGGAAACCAAAGUUUUUCAACUAAGGAGACAUGGAAGAAAAUGAAGGAGGAGAUAUUUUGGAAAGCAGCCCUGUCUCUAAUGGUCCUUGGUGCAAGGCACCAGUAACAGAUGUGCAGUUUGGCCCUAUGAGACUUCAUCAAGAUCAACUUCAGGUACUUUUAGUGUUUGCCAAAGAAGAUAACCAGAGUAACGGGUUCUGUUGGGCAUGUGAGAAAGCUGGAUUUCGGUGUAAUAUUGCCAGGACACCUGAAUCUGCACUAGAAUGUUUUCUGGACAAACACCAUGAAAUUAUCAUUAUUGACCAUAGACAUUCCAGAUACUUUGAUGCAGAAGCAUUAUGCAGGUCUAUCAGAACAACUAAACCCUCAGAAAAUACAGUCAUUAUUGGUGUAGUUCGAAGGCAUGGUGAUCGUGAAGAGUCAUCAAUAUUGCCCCUGAUCUCUGCUGGCUUCACAAGGAGAUAUGUAGAAAAUUCUAAUAUAAUGGCCUGUUACAAUGAGUUGAUUCAGCUGGAAUUUGGAGAGGUGCGGGCACAAUUCAAGCUGAGGGCUUGUAAUUCAUUAUUUACAGCAUUAGAGAAAAGUCAAGAAGCCAUUGAGAUCACAAGUGAAGACCAUGUAAUACAGUACGUCAAUCCUGCUUUUGAAACAGUGAUGGGCUAUCAAAUAGGUGAAUUAAUAGGAAAGGAAUUAACAGAAGUGCCUAUAAAUGAAAAAAAAGCUGAUUUCCUAGAUACUAUUAAUUCCUGCAUAAAGAUAGGAAAGGAAUGGCAAGGAAUGUACUAUGCGAAAAAGAAAAAUGGAGAUAGCAUACAGCAAAAUGUGAAGAUAAUACCUGUCAUUGGACAGGGAGGAAAGAUUAGACACUAUGUGUCAAUUAGUAGACUGUGCAAUGACAACAAUAAGGCAGAAAAAACAUGUGAACGUGUUCAGGCUGAAUCUCAGACAGAUAUUCAGACUUGCAGACACAAAGACAGGAGGAAAGGAUCACUAGAUGUCAGAUCCACAACCUCACGAGGGAGUGAUGGCAGCUCACAACGGCGGCACUCUUCUAUGGCCAGGAUACAUUCCAUGACUAUUGAAGCACCUAUCACCAAGGUAAUAAACAUCAUCAAUGCUGCACAAGAAAGUAGUCCUAUGCCAGUUGCAGAAGCUUUAGACCGAGUUUUGGAGAUCUUAAGAACCACUGAGUUGUACUCUCCGCAACUGGGGACAAAAGAUGAGGAUCCACACACAAGUGACCUCGUUGGAGGAUUAAUGACAGAUGGUUUACGACGAUUAUCAGGGAACGAAUACAUAUUGUCAGCCAAACAAACUCAUCAGGUCGCUGGCAGUUUGAUCUCUCCAAUCUCCCUCAAUGACAUACCCCCACGGAUAACAGAGGCAAUGGAAAAUGAAGAACACUGGGAUUUUGAUAUCUUUGAACUUGAGGCUGCCACCCAUAAAAGGCCUUUAGUUUAUCUGGGUCUCAAAAUAUUUGCUCGCUUUGGAAUCUGUGAAUUCCUAAACUGUUCAGAAUCAAUUCUGAGGUCAUGGUUACAAGUUAUUGAAGCUAACUACCAUUCCUCCAACUCCUACCAUAAUUCUACGCAUUCUGCUGAUGUGCUACAUGCCACUGCUUAUUUCUUGUCUAAAGAAAGAGUAAAGCAAACUUUGGAUCCGAUUGACGAGGUUGCUGCUCUCAUUGCUGCCACGGUCCAUGACGUGGAUCACCCAGGAAGAACAAAUUCUUUCCUGUGCAAUGCUGGCAGUGAGCUAGCAAUUCUCUACAAUGACACCGCAGUGCUGGAGAGCCAUCACGCUGCCCUAGCUUUCCAGCUCACCACCCAGGAUGACAAAUGCAAUAUAUUUAAAAGCAUGGAGAGGAAUGAGUAUCGAACCCUUCGCCAAGCCAUUAUUGACAUGGUCUUAGCCACAGAAAUGACAAAGCACUUUGAGCAUGUCAACAAGUUUGUCAACAGCAUUAAUAAACCCUUGGCAGCGCUAGAAGAAAAUGGGGUAAGCAACACUAAUAAUGGUGAUGGAGAGUCAGUCAAAACCGUUCUCACAUCUCCUGAAAACCGUAUCCUUAUCAAACGCAUGUUGAUAAAGUGUGCGGACAUUUCCAAUCCAUGCAGACCCUUAGAGCAGUGUAUAGAGUGGGCUGGACGUAUCUCUGAGGAGUAUUUUGCACAGACCGAUGAAGAAAAGAGACAAGGUUUACCUGUGGUGAUGCCAGUUUUUGACAGAAAUACUUGUAGCAUCCCCAAAUCCCAAAUAUCAUUCAUUGAUUACUUCAUCACCGAUAUGUUUGAUGCCUGGGAUGCAUUUGCAGACCUGCCAAAUUUGAUGCAGCAUCUGGAUAAUAACUUUAAAUACUGGAAAGGACUAGAUGAAAGGAAGCUGCGGAGCCUUCGACCACCACCAGAAUAGCAAUUAGGCCAUGUAUUACAGUAAGGCUAGCCCAUGCGCUUGGGGAACUUUCGAGAGAACACCACCAGGUCAGCAGUUGACUCCUUCAAACUACCAUGUGUGGACUCCAAUGAGAUCAGCCCAUCAAGUGGAAUUACACUGGAUUGCUGCAGUACUUGUACUGAAGAGGGUCUGUUAGUGAACGCAUUUUUGCAUUAUCUUUAUACCAGUAUGUGAAGCUGGAAGACCUUGAAGAAUCCUCAUAAAAAGGACAUUCACUAGAAGAUUUUGCUUAAUCCUCAAUUCUGCAGGUGAAAAAGAAGUAUCUAUUAAUAGUGACUCACAGCUUUUAUGAGAAAGCUACAUGCUUUUUAUAAGCACUUAAGACAGUUACGUAGAACAAUCAGACAUUUAAAAUGCAAGUCUCCAUGAAGGAAUUUUUGAUCUAUGAAAAAUAGAUGUACUCUAUUUUUUCACAUCACAGAAGGUGCAAUCAUUCACUUCUGAGCACUACUGAAAGUGAGUUCUCUUUAAGAAAUUUAGUAGCAAAUGUAAAAAAAUAACACAAGAUUUUUUGAGGUUGAUCGUUAGCAUCUAUGAUUAAAAUGAUAUGUUUUAUUUAUUUUGUUAGAUGUUCAAUAUUUUCUAUGAAUUUAUAAAUACUUAAAAGCCAAAGCCAACUUUAGAUGCAUUACAAAUUUACAUGAUUCAUACUCAUUAAUAUACAUUUAAUUGAUGUACAGACCUUUUAUUUUCAUAAUGCAAAUACAAAAUACUAUACAAUGAUACAU